CAGGUUACCUCUUCGUUAGUUAGUGGCGUCUUGAAUUAUUAUUAUAUAUCUCAAUUUAUUAAUAUUAUAUUGUUUUAAUUUGGGUUAUUAACAUCAGGUAUCUACUCAUGAGAGUAGUUAUCCAUAAUGAAUGGAAAUUUAUUGCGGUCUCAAGGUUUAUUGGCCAUAGCUGUAGGUGCCGGAGUUGUAAUUGGCGCUGCAGGAGUCUUUCUAUAUGAGCAUCUGUUUAAAGAGAAAAGAAGGCUUAUUUUACAAAAGGAUGUAACGAAACUUGGAAUAUCGAUUUCAGAGUUGAAAAAAGAACUACAAGAACUAAGAGACUCUCAGAAGAGACUACGGCGUAAUAGAAUCAAAGCUGUUACUUAUGCCACUACAGAUCUUGAAUCCGAAACACAAUCUGUUGUAGAAGAUCUAGAUGAUGAUGAAUUUUAUGACUUAUCCGAUGAUGAAGAAACGGCAGUAAAUUCAGUUAGUCCGAGUGAUGGUCAGUCUUCAGAGUUUCAAGAAAUAGAUGCUUUGUUGGUUGGUUCUGAAGAAGAUAAAAGAAGAUGCCUAGAAAAACUCGAAGAUAUGUACAAUCAGGAUAGAGAAAAUCCGGAAGUUUUAUGGAGGUUUGCAAAAUGUUGCCACUCAAUUGCUACCAUAAAAGAAUCACAAAAUGAUCUUGAACAGAAGAAACAAUACAUAGCCAAAGGUUUAGAAUAUGCAACAAAGUGCUUAGAACUAGCUCCACGAUCGUCCAAUGCCCACAAGUGGUAUGCAAUCUGUAUUGGUGCUCGGUCUGAAACUCAGGGCGUUAAAGAAAAACUCAAAGAUGGAUUAGAAUUCAAAGAACACGUAGAAGAAGCUCUGAAGAUCAAACCAUCCGAUCCGACUUUGCACUAUCUUCUUGGAAGGUUUUUGUAUGAGGUUGCCAGUCUGUCAUGGGUAGAAAGAAAAGUUGCGACAACAUUGUUUGGCGAGGUACCUUACACUACCUACCCCGAGGCUGUACAAUCUUUGACAAAGGCUGAGGAGCUAUCCGUAAACCCUUGGAAAGAAAAUAGGUUGCUCUUGGCAAAGUGUUAUAUUCAAAUGGGAGAAUACGCUGAGGCUGUGUAUUGGCUAGAUAAAGCCGAUGAUGUGGAAACUAUUACCAAAGAAGAUCAUAAGGCUGAAAUAGAAAUAUUGUCACUUAAGAAGAAAUAUCAGCACCAUAGAGGAACGUAAGAACUGUUAUUUUAAACAUUCGUGCUCUCUAUUUGGUUUAUAUGAAGUGCACAUUAGGUGGCUAGUAGUAGAGGUCAUAUACGUGUGCAUUUCUUUUAAAAUAUAUUUAUUUUUUAUGCAUGAUAUGUUGAAUUUAUCUAUAUGUAUCUUUGUCCAAUGUACCAGAGAGGUCUAUAGUAGUUAAAUAUGUCCGUGUAUUCAUGUUUGUCGUUUGUAUGUUUGGAUUGGGUCAUUAGAUGGUUAUGGUUGGUACGAGUAUUUGUAUCUUGUAGAGAUAUUUUAUAAAUCAAAGAGAUAUAGUUCAAAUUUUAUCAGAUGCGGCUGUGUUUAUGAUGAUACCUGCAAACUUCCUGUUUAUUAUUUUUUAAAGUUUAUUUUUGAUUUUAAAUGAAAUAUUUUCCACAUUGAUAAUUUUUAAGUAAUAACAUUUUGAUAUGUAUCAAUUAUUUGUAUACUUAGUAUCUGCUGUUAUGCGAGGUUGUCACAAAAUAUCAGAUAGCUCCUAAAUGUUGAUUUAAUUUAAAAUUAACUUAUGUUUUAUUGUUAUUAGCAAUAUAAUACGUUUAAAGUCUUCUCAUCAUUAUCAGUUUUGUUGAAUAAUUAUGAAUUGUUUACCCUUAGGUGUCUAUUUUCUCGACAUGUUCUAUAAGUAUAAUAAUU